UUAAGAAUGGGGAAAGGAAGAGCACCAUGCUGUGACAAGAGCAAAGUGAAGAGAGGGCCAUGGAGCCCAAAAGAAGAUCUUACUCUCAUCACUUUUAUUCAGAAACAUGGCCAUCACAAUUGGAGAUCUCUUCCCAAGCUUGCUGGAUUGAUGAGGUGUGGGAAGAGUUGUCGACUGAGAUGGAUAAACUAUCUGAGACCGGACGUGAAGCGAGGGAACUUCAGCAAAGAGGAGGAAGAUGCCAUCAUCCACUUCCAUCAAACCCUUGGAAACAAGUGGUCAAAGAUCGCGUCCUUCUUACCUGGAAGAACCGACAACGAGAUAAAAAACGUGUGGAACACUCAUCUCAAGAAACGACUCUUUCCCAACUCAUCUUCUUAUUCAUCCAUCUCUUGCCCUAAUGAUCGACCCACAGAAGCAGAUCAAAAGAAGAACUAUGCCAUCGUCCAAGAAGAACGAAAUUCUAGGGAUAAUGAGAGCCAAGACCCACCUUCGUCGUCUCAUCUCCACGGCAAACAUAUGCACACAAAGCCAGAGCUUGAUGAGGUUAAUGAACUCCACGAGAUCCAACUCCUUCUCGACCAUGACGACUUUGAUGAUAUAACCUCAGCGUUUCUUCAAACAACCGAAACGUUAUUUCCAGUGCAACCACUAGACUCGCUUCUUCAGACUCCCACCUUAACCGGGUUUCACAAUACAGGCGGAGCGACUCAAGAGGCAACCGAACCACAAUCAUUUGAUCAUUCUCAACCGGAAAUUCCAUGCGGAUUUGAAGAAACAAACGGAGAAUUUGACUUGUGGUCGCAGCCUAGUCCUAAUAGUGAGGAGUUCGACGAGUGGCUCAGCUUUAUGGACAACCAAACUUACUUUGAUGACUUUACUUUGUUCGGAGAAGUAUGCCUAUGA